AGGCAAACAGGUACAAGGACAUACGAGGCUAAUAACAUUUGAGUUACACAUCUAGAUGCACCGAUCACGUCAGAAGGAUCGCCACCGGCGACAGGAUGUACCUUGUACCGCUGCUGCCGCCACCGGUCGCCUUUGCCGUCGCCGUGAGAGUGAGGUAAGGGGUGUGCGGCGGCUUGAUAACAUUCACCGAGAGGUCAGCCGUGGAAGUUCAGAAAACCAGUAACAGCUGAACCCCAACAAAACCCCGCGGGCCCGUGUGCCCAAUUGAACUCUGGGCGGCGCGGCGCGGCGCGCGCCCAGCUCCCCCAACCACGCCAAGACGCUAUGCCGCCGCCGCCCGCCGCCACCUCCCUGCCCCACCAAUGCUCCGUCCUCCUGCGGCGCCUCGCCGCGCACCGCUCCCUGGCCUCCUCUUCCUUCCUCCGCGCGCUCCGCUGCCUCCACGCGCGCCUCCUCACCUCCACUCUGCUCCACGCGCCGUCCCACCCCCACCUCACCCUCCGCCUCCUCCACCUCUACACCCUCUCCCCCGACCUACCUGCCGCCGCCGUCCUCUUCCGCUCCGACCCGUGCCCCGUCGCCGCCACCUCCCUCGUCACCGCGCACGCCGCCGUCGGCCGCCUCCCCGCCGCCGUAUCCUUCUUCGACGCCGUCCCGCCCGCGCGCCGCGACACCGUCCUCCACAACGCCAUGAUCUCCGCGUACGCACGCGCGUCCCACGCCGCGCCCGCGGUCGCCGUGUUCCGCUCUCUGCUCGGCUCCCUUCGCCCCGACGACUACUCAUUCACCGCGGUCCUCAGCGCCGUGGGCCACCUGCACAACCUCUCUGCCCCGCACUGCGCGCAGCUACAUUGCGCGGUGCUCAAGUCCGGCGCCGGGGCUGCCUUAUCGGUGUUAAACGCUCUCAUUGCGCUGUACAUGAAAUGCGAUGCGCCCGAGGCGACAUGGGGCGCACGGAAAGUGCUCGACGAAAUGCCGACUAAGGACGAGCUCACGUGGACUACUAUGGUCGUCGGGUAUGUUAGGAGAGGCGAUGUCAGUUCUGCUAGAUCAAUUUUUGAGGAGGUUGAUGGAAAGUUCGAUGUUGUGUGGAACGCGAUGAUCUCAGGUUAUGUGCAAUCUGGAAUGGUUGCGGAUGCGUUUGACCUGUUCAGGAGGAUGGUGCAAGAAAGGGUGCCUCUUGACGAGUUCACAUUUACUAGUGUCCUGAGUGCUUGUGCAAAUGCUGGGUUCUUUGUGCAUGGGAAGUCUGUCCACGGUCAGGUCAUUCGGUUGCAGCCAGAUUUUGUACCUGAGGCAGGUUUGCCUGUUAACAACGCACUAAUGACCUUGUACACAAAGGGUGGGAAGAUUGCUAUUGCGAAAAUGAUAUUUAACAGUAUGAAAUUGAGGGAUGUCGUUUCUUGGAACACCAUCUUGUCAGGGUGUGUCGAGAGCAGCUGUUUGGACAGGGCAGUUGAGGUAUUUAAGGAGAUGCCAUAUAAAAAUGAGUUGUCAUGGAUGGUGAUGGUCUCAGGGUAUGUCCAUGGGGGGCGUGCGGAAGAUGCACUUAAGCUGUUUAACUGGAUGAGGGCUGAGGAUGUUAAGCCGUGUGAUUACACCUAUGCUGGUGCUAUAGCUGCAUGUGGUGAACUUGGGGCACUCAAGCAUGGAAAGCAGCUCCACGGGCAUCUUGUGCAGCUUGGUUUCGAGGCGAGCAAUUCUGCAGGAAAUGCGAUCAUAACCAUGUAUGCUAGAUGUGGUGCUGUGAAAGAUGCUCAUCUUAUGUUCCUUGUGAUGCCCAAUGUUGACUCUGUCUCGUGGAAUGCCAUGAUUUCAGCCCUUGGGCAGCAUGGACAUGGAAGAGAGGCACUUGAGCUCUUUGAUCAGAUGGUUGCUGAAGGUAUAUAUCCUGAUCGAAUUUCCUUUCUCACAGUAUUGACAGCUUGCAAUCAUGCUGGUUUGGUGGAUGAAGGCUUUCAAUAUUUUGAGUCCAUGAAGAGAGACUUUGGCAUUAUCCCUGGAGAAGAUCACUAUGCACGGCUGAUUGAUUUGCUUGGUCGGGCUGGACGAAUUGGAGAAGCUAGAGAUUUGAUCAAGACAAUGCCUUUUGAGCCUACCCCAUCCAUCUGGGAGGCAAUUCUCUCUGGUUGCCGGACUAAUGGAGAUAUGGAGCUUGGUGCUUAUGCAGCAGAUCAGCUUUUUAAGAUGACACCACAGCAUGAUGGCACGUACAUCCUACUGUCCAACACUUACUCAGCUGCAGGACGUUGGGUAGAUGCUGCAAGAGUAAGGAAGCUAAUGCGUGAUAAAGGGGUCAAGAAAGAACCUGGAUGCAGCUGGAUAGAAGUUGGAAACAAAGUCCACGUGUUUCUUGUUGGCGAUACAAAACAUCCAGAAGCACAUGAAGUUUACCAUUUCCUUGAAAUGGUUGGCGCUAAAAUGAGAAAGCUUGGAUAUGUUCCUGAUACGAAGGUUGUGUUGCAUGAUAUGGAGCCUCAUCAGAAGGAGCACAUAUUAUUUGCACAUAGCGAGAGGUUGGCAGUUGGUUUUGGACUUCUAAAGUUGCCACCUGGAGCUACGGUUACAGUUCUUAAGAACUUGAGAAUAUGUGGUGAUUGUCAUACUGCAAUGAUGUUCAUGUCAAAGGCAGUCGGAAGGGAGCUUGUUGUUAGGGAUGUUAGGCGGUUUCACCAUUUUAAUAAUGGAGAAUGUUCAUGUGGUAACUAUUGGUGAAUAUAAUUUUGCCGUUAUAGCAGCGCACCUGCUAACAUAUGUCCUCUAGGUCCCUGUCUCAACGUUAUUUAUCAGCCAUCUUGGUUGUAAUCAAACAAAGAGCCUUGAAUAGGAAUAGACUGGGCCAACUCAGAUCAAAGAGACUUGGAUUCUCAUGCUGGCUCUGUCAACUGAGGUCUGCUGUUAAUCCAUUAGUCUGUUUCGUUAAUGGCGUCAGAUUGGUGUGAUACAUGCUACCCUGGAUGCUGGGGCCAAUGUGCUGGCAAAUGCCAAUGUUUGUCUGCUACAAAUCCUUCUCGGUAAGCAUCAACAUGUGAUUCAUGAAUAUCCUGUUCCAGAUGCUGUACAUGGUGGCGUCUUGCAGCUCUUCAGAGAUGGUGGCGGAGAGUUUGCCAAUGCCUUGAAUUCAGACUCUGUACACGAGUUAGAUACUGUAGCUUGUUUAGGAAAUCAAAUUCAAGCUCCAAACCUCAGGUCCUGGCGAUCGUAAGGGAGCGGGCAACCUUCCCAGUCCGCAUUUGAGAAAGCACUCACUAAACUCAGAUGGUGAUUUGUUGAUUGACAAACCAACAGAUGAGGUAUGCUUGAGAUAUCUCAUAAUAUGUUUUACUGCUGUCCAAUGUCUAGUGGGUGCACAAAUUUUUUUGACAAACCUUAUUGACUGAAUACAAAAUAUCAGGUCGUGUCAAGCUGAGAUAUUGCAGUGUACCUACUAUUCUGCAAUAUUUUGUAGUA